CACCAGUUCAGUUGACUCCUGGGUUUCAACAACCACGUUUGUACCGUCAGUCCGUGCAGGGAGAGGGUCAUCUCGACCAACCAACUAUGCCUGGUGGAUAUACUUUCCCCUCAGCGUGACACACUUUCUCCCCUACUUUCUCUCACCAACUAACUAACCUCACCAGUUUUUUUAACACUACAAAAUUAAAUAUCCGUACAUUCCUCUAAGCAAUAAGUCGUGCAGCAAUAAAUGCAGACCUUGACAAUGGAGGAGACAAUUACGAAGCAAAAAGAUAUGAGUGUCCUUGCCUUUGAUCCGCCUGAUGGAUUCACGGGAAAAAAUAUAUUUCCGGAUCCCGUGACCACACCGACUUACAUGGAGUUGUGGGAGGUUGAAAAGAACCUCAAUUUCCACGAGUGGAGGAUGUGGAUUGGAGCUCAUUACAAACUUCCGGUCCACUUGUGCUUUCUCUAUGUGAUGGGAAUCUUCCUCGGCCAGAUUUUCAUGCGACGCAAACCCGCAUACAAGCUGAACCAGUUCAUGAUCAUCUGGAACGUGGCUCUCGCUGGCUUUUCCCUGGCUGGAUUUUUUAGGUCUUACCCUGAAGUGCUGCAUCUGCUAUAUCGAUCCAAUGGGUUCUACCGCAUUACUUGCUCACGAGAGGAAUAUAACAAUGCGUCAGCCUUUUGGUCCGUGUUAGGAGUUUUCUCGAAAGUGAUGGAACUUGGUGAUACCGCAUUCAUCGUGCUGCGAAAGAAACCUGUCAUAUUUCUUCAUUGGUUCCACCAUGCUACCGUGAUGUGCUAUACGUGGAGCACAUUCGAAUACCUCGACCCAAGCCAUCGGUGGUACACAGUCAUGAAUUACUUUAUUCAUGCCAUUAUGUACUCCUACUACGCCCUUAGAGCCAUGCGAUUCACCCUCAACAAAAAGGUCUCCAUGAUAAUAACUGCCUUGCAAUUGUGUCAAAUGAUUGCCGGGGUUGGAAUAAAUGUCUACAGCAUUAUCAAAAUCAACGAAGGAACACCAUGUGCAAGGAAGCUGCAAAACGUACAAAUGGUCUUACUGAUGUACACAACGUAUUUGGUACUAUUUGCCCAAUUUUUCUACUCGAGUUACAUUACUCCAAAAAAUAAGAAUGACACGAAGGACCGAUGCCACUGCGAAUGAAAAGUUGAACAUGAAAACGACAUAUUUGCUGCAAGAUAAUAAUAAUAACGAGGAGUAGAUUUUAGCCAUGUAAAUAUUUAUGGGACCGACUUAUUAAUGCCAAGAUGUGAUGGACUACUAAAUAUACAUACUACUUUUAACUCUUUUCUGCAUGCUAAUCAAAAUUUGAGAGAUUUUAAAAUUCAACUCAAACUUACAAUUAGUAUCCAGAAUUCCACAUUGUACUUAAUAAAAUAAUGGUAUGCCUGUAAAAAAAUCCCCACUUUUUCAUAGUCUACCUACCUAUUACCUAACCUAUUCCAUCCAUGUUGAUAUCUUUACUUGAAUAUUUUGGUAAAUCAUCCUUGUAAUUGACCAAUAAUAAUAAAUUUCAAACCUGACUUUACUAUAAUAAAUAAGAACUCGAGUAUUUGAAA